GUAAGGUAUUCGGUUGCUAAGCCAAGCCCGAACGCAAUGCAUUCAAUUAAUCUGAAAUAAAUAUAUAAGUAGCUUCGAUACAAAAAUCUUGGUUUUCAUUGUUUUCUCUCUCUACGCGAGGAGAUUCCCGUUGCCACCGCUAGGUGUGUUGUGACAAUCGAGCAGCUAACCAACAUACCUGCCACACGUGGUGAAAGAAUUCCUCCUUUAGAAUAAAAAAUUACUUUUCUUACUCUCCUGACAUAAAAGCACUUCAGCUGAGUAAAAGAAAAAUGUGCAGUUUGAUAGACGGUUUUUAUGGCGAGGAAUUCCUGCACGAGCAGAAAAGCGAUAUUAGUAAUCUAAAUGAAUUGAUGUGUCAGAAAUGUAGUGUGGAAAAAGCUGAGGUGAGGCUCAGAAGAAAGGACAAUUACUGUAAUGGAUGUUUCUUGAUCAGUGCGACUCAUAAAUUUCGAGCAACGCUUGGAAAAUCGAAAAUCGUGAGACCCAGCGAUACAAUUCUUGUUGGGCACAAUGGAGGGGCGGGAUCUACAGCUCUUCUUAAUUUAAUCAAAGGAGGGAUGCACGAGUCGGUUCACAAACGUUUGGUUUUCGGAGUUAAAGUUCUUUACAUUGAUGAUGGACUCAUUAAAGGGCAGAGCACGGAAGAAAGGGAAACUAAAAUGCGAAAAAUACACGAACAAGUUGAGGCCCUAGGGUUUCAAGCUUACGGUGUAUCGCUAAGUGAUGCCAUGGAUUUUGAUAAUUUUUCAGUCUCAUGCCUGAAGAGUAUGACUUGCUCGAAUGAUGAGAAGGAUAAGAGACUGUCUGAAAUGUGGAAUGGACUAGUGGAUGAAACUUCAAAAAAAGAUUUUCAACAGAAAUUACGAAACAAAGUCAUGAUGAUGGCUGCGAAGAGUCUCAAGUGUCAAAAAAUUUUUCUUGCUAAUGACUCCACUUCCUUGGCAAUAAAAAUUUUAAGUAAUGUCUCGUUAGGGAGAGGUGCUCAGCUGUCGUCGGACUGUGGGUUUAUCGAUAAUAGAUAUGCGGAUGUUGUGAUACUGCGACCUAUGCGCGAUUUCAGUCGUCGGGAGCUUUAUUAUUAUCUGAAAAUAUGUAAUUAUAGUUUUAUAGGAGAGGAAAAAUUAAAAGACAAUUUGCCCUUCUCCAUCCAAAAACUGACCGGAAAAUUUGUUACGAAUUUGGAAGAUCAGUUCAGUGGAACGGUGUCAACGAUUUUCAGGACUGGUGAAAAAAUUGUUGUUGGGAAGGGAAAUUGCAAAGACAAUACUUCAAUAGAAGGAGAUUGUGUGUUUUGCAAUGGUUGCCUAGACACGACUGCUCUUGGUGAUUGCACUUCCAGCAUUGAUGCCACGAAUUUUUCAAAAAUAGUGUCUUUGAGGAGUUCAGACGCUGAAUGGAAUCUGGAAAAAUUGAUGGAGAAACCACGAGACAGUACUGUAGAUAUGCCAGAACAUGGCUGCGAGGAUUGUACGUGUGGGCGUAGUAGACUGGAGAAAAAUAAUAUUAAAUACGAAGAUGUGAGACAAUUUUUGUGCUACGCCUGCCAAUCAAUCUUUCAUGGUAAUUUUGAUCUGAAAACCCUUCCUCCGUUCAUGAUUAACUCUGUCAGCGAAAGGUUACGCUUGAAAAAUAUCGCUGCUGAAAUUCAAGACUUUUUAUUGUGAAUUACCCGAACUAAUGGAAAUAAAAUAUACAUUUAAAAAAUAUGUAAUUUGAAAAUAUCUUUUUUCAAAGGGAUAAAAAGAUUUGGAUAAUCUAGAAUCUUCAGCAAAGGUUGUGCAAUGAACGGACUCCGGUCUAGAAGAAAUUAUUUAGUUUGAAAGAAUAUUUUAACGGAAUCGAAUGUUUAAUUUAUUAAUUCCCUCCCCUCUUGCUGAUAUAUUUGUUUUUUGUUUCGUUAUUCGAUUGAUUAAAAUGUCAUUCCAAAGCCGAAUGGAGAUAUUAAUCACCACGUGUAUUAAAAAACUAAAUAAAUCGUCCCUUUUCCAUAA